AUGGUAGAGUGGGGUGUGCUACCACCCAAGGACGAAUGGCGAUGCAUAUAUUGCAAAGGACCCGCAUUCCUAAGGAUGAGAAGAAAGAAGUACUGUGACAGCUUCCUCCUCCGUUGCAGACCCUGUAAUAAAGAGUGGUCUCUCUUUAAAAAUACAUUCUUUUCUUAUGAAAAAAAGGGUAAAAGCAGGGUUGCAAUACCAGUUCAAAAGAUAGUAAAGCUCAUCUUUUGUUAUUUUAAAGAUCAACCACAUCGUGAGAUGAAACUGAAAUCAGGAAUAACAGGAGAUGAGACAAUUGUCAACUUUACUAAUUAUGUUAGAGAAGUAACUCAUUGGGUUAUUACAUCUAAACAAAUAGGAGGUAUGGGAUAUGUAAUUCAAGUAGAUGAAUCGUUAUUUGGUGGUCAUCGAAAGAAUAAUGUAGGAAGACUUCUCUUCAAAGACUUCUUAGGAUUGAACUCAAAUCUCAACAAGAGAAAUAAUUAUGGUGACAGAGUUCAAGAUCCUUGGGUGUUCGGGUUUAUUGAUGAUAAAACCAGAGAUGUUUACAUGCUGGUUGUAAACAAGAAGAAAAACUGA